AUAAUUUACGCGUUCAUUGGUUUGUUUACAAUAAUAUUUUGAUAUGGACAAUUUCAUAUUGAUCUAGUAUCACAUAGUUCAAUGCACAAAAGUCAGGUCCAUUGAUAGGAAUAAAAUUGAAUUUUUUAUGUGUGGAUAACGUACAACUUGGAUGGCCGCCUACCCUUCUAGAAUGAUCGAUCAGCUUCUGCUCUACGCCUAACUCCGCCGUCGCCACCCGCUAGGCGUCCCGCAACUGUCCCGCAGCAGUCCCGUCGCAGCUCACUGGCCUACCCGUUCUUGAUGACAAGUCCGGCCGUCGGUCACACUCUGUCUCCUAGCUCGUGUAACUCGCUUCGCGCGCCCAACUGUCCACGUGCCGUACAGGGCUUCACCCGGCAACUGCGCAGUAGCGGCUGUGUGUUCCAGGAUUUCGGGAACGCCGCGUUCCCGCCACAGAACUCGCUAAGUGCGCUCAACCGAUACCACUUUCAGUUUCCGUUAGACUUGCAGGGUUGGCCCCGCAGAUGGACACAGACUGUACUAUAAAUUUAUCAAAUUAUUAGUUCAAUUGUUAUUUAGUUCGUCGAACAGUUAAAUUAUUUAUUCCGUCGAUACAGUUGCCAGUGAACAGUUAUUUCAAUUCAAGUGAGAUUCUAUAUAGUAAAACAGUUAUUUAUUUCGUGAAAACAUAUUGAAUUUGUUUAAAUAGUUAACUUAUUUAUUCGUAGUAACGAUCAACAGUUAUUGAUUUCGUCGAAAGAAAUAUUGAAUUAGUUAAAAACGGUCAACAGUAAUUAUUGAUUUUGUAACUUAUUAAUUCGUGGAAUCAGUCAACAGUUACUGAAUCCGUGAAAACAGAUUGAAUCCGUAAACACACUCAAUAGUUAUUCAUUUCGUCAAAACAGUUAACAGUUAAUCAUUUCGUCAGAACGGUCAACGGCUUUAUUCAACUUGUAAAAACAACAGUUAACAGUAAUUUAUUUUGUGGAGCAGUUGGCUGUAUUAGAAGAUAAUCGCUCUAUUUAUUUACUUGAAUUGUGUUACUAUUGUAUACGUUGUCUAUCGAAAAGAGUGUCUUCAACUGAUAGCGAAAUUAGUCAUUUUAAUUGAAUUAUUUGUGAUUCAUAAAAAAUUGAGUUGAACAGUUGAAAGUUGGCGAAGUGUUCAACGAUAGUAUUUGAUCAAAAAUUGUAGAGUUACUGCGAGUCGAUCAAAAAAUUGUAAAAUACUGUGUGAAUUGUCAGGGGUGUAAAUUUGUCUUCUCGACGACAUUAAAUUGUGUUGAUCAACAGCGAAAAUUCAACUUGUUCAACUACUAAAGAUCAAAAAGUUGUUUCCAACACAGUAUUCACAGCCAAUUAUAUAUCUCUUCGUGUGAGCUUGCUUCAAUUAUUAGCUGAAAUAAAUUUUAUUCACUAUAUAAAUACAUUGGGACGCAAAGACUGACCUAGUGAAUUUGCUGUACCUUGCUCUGUGAUAUUUCUUCGUUAAUUAUAUGCAGUAUAUAGGUUUAUUAGGAGCAUCGAUCAAGUGUUAGGCGGUAGGACUGUAAAGAAGAACGAUUAUCGGUUAGGAACUGUUAUUUUAGGAAUAAAUAUCAUCGAUCUGUUAUUUUGGGGAUUGAUGAGUAAGAAUCGAACCUUGUGUACAGAAACAAUAAUAUUGAAAAGAUCUGAGUGCCCUGUGAAUUAUAUGAACUUGAAAUAAUUUUAAAUUGUGCGGAUUAUAAAAUAUACAAUUAGUAAAAUAGGUGUUGAAAAAUAACACCCCUGCCUACCUCAGUGCUCUCUGCGAUUAGGAAAUUCAGGUUAUUAGAAAUCAUUUAGGAAAUUUAUCAAGUGUACUUAUUUGAAGUGGAGUAUCGUAUAUACGACAUCGGUUAUAGAAAUCUAUUGAAGAAGUAUUUGAAUUGUAGAAGAAUCAGAUCUAGCAUUCAUUGGAGAAGUUGAUACAGGAAACGUUUCAGGAGUCGAUAAUAAUUGAGAAAAUUUCAAAUUUCGCUCCACUAGAAUAUUCUGAAUCAAGGAAUUACAUUGUGAUUGUAUAAGAAAUCAGAACCAGUAAUAAUCGAAUACCAAGUUCAUCCAGAUUGAGAAUUGAUCCUACAAAUUAGAAGUCUUCACAAAUUCAUGUUAAUAAUCGUUUAUCAAACUGGUACUCAUUGAAGAAUACAACUUCGAAGUCAGUAAUAAUUGUUACAUUUGUAAUAUUAGUUGAGGAAGUGUGAAAUAAGAAAGUUUGAGUUAAGAGUUGUUCAGGAUUGAAGAUUAUACAACUUCAAGUCCACAGAAAUUGAAUCGAUUGCAAUAUUUGUUUAGUAAGUUUGGAAUAAGAAAGUCGAAUUGAAGUUUCAGUUGAGAGUUGCUUAAGAUUGGAGAUUAUUGUAACCCAAAAUCUUCAACGAAACUCAAUAUUAACGAUCGUUAUUAAAAGUGCAAAGAUCUGGAAGUCGAUCAAGGUUUACCAUCGAUUGUAGUAACCCUAACUCUACAACAACUGCAUUUUAUCAGUGUUUUUUGAAAGUUCGUUCUGAAAAUUCAACUCGAUUAAGGUUGGACAUCGAUUAUAGUAUCCCCAAGUCUUCAACAACUUCGUUUUUCGAAAAUGGAACCAAAAGCGUCCCUGAACGAAAACCGCAACGGUUUGGCCCCCAUAGUGCGUUGGAGCAGCAUGACGUCAUCGGUCGACUCUUCCAUGGGCGUUUCUCCCGCCAAAUCCCUCACCAGCAGCGGAAUCGUGCCGGACACCGCCAGCAACCGCCCCUCAGAGGACGGAUCCAACGCGGAGGAACCGCAACUCUUCCCCUCCACCUCCACCGCCAUGUCCACCGGCUCCGACGACGACCGCGAGAACAACAACCGGUUGCACAGACGCAAAAAGAGUCCUGUAGAUAGCGAUGGUGACGCUGCGACUGUGCUUACCGUUCCUAACAACGAUGAAGGGGUGAAGUUCGACCUGCCCGAAGCUGACUCCAUCAUGAGCAGCACAUCGUCACUCUGUGAGACGCGGAAAUCGUUGAAGAAACCGGAACCCAACAUACCUGACGGUGGGUGGGGUUGGAUGGUUGUGUUGUCCUCCUUCUUUAUUAGUAUGAUCGCUGACGGGAUUAGUUUCUCGUUUGGUCUACUUUACAUCCGAUUUUUAAAACAUUUUGGAGCCACUAAAAGUGCCACCUCGUGGAUUGGGAGUUUGUUUAUGGCUGUACCUCUCCUGUCAGGUCCUAUUGGGAGUGCGUUAGUUGAUAGGUAUGGUUGUCGAUGGAUGACUAUUAUAGGUGGGAUUAUAUCUUGUAUAGGGUUCUUGUUGAGUUCUCUAUGUGACUCGAUUAUCACGAUGUACCUCACCUUCGGUGUUAUAGCAGGGUUGGGACUGGGAUUAGGGUAUGUCACAGCAGUCGUCAGUAUCGCGCCCUGGUUUGACAAACGAAGAGUGUUAGCUACAGGGUUGGGAGCGUGUGGAACCGGGGUGGGCACCGUAGUUUAUGCCCCGAUGACCCAGUAUUUCAUAGAUGAGUAUGGCUGGAGAGGUACAGUGAUUAUGUUAGCGGGUACCUUCUUCAACAUGUGCGUUUGUGGAGCACUGAUGAGGGACCCUGAGUGGUGGGUGCAAGAGCAACAGCAGCAACAACUGCAGAAGUCGAAUCGAGGCUCGUCGUGCACGUCGCUGGUGACAACAGCUGAUCUGCAGGCUCUGGAGGAGGUGCGGCUGAUGCUGAGCGGGGAGUCUCCGGAUUACGUCCUGACGCAGCUGGCCACCUCGAUCAAGGCGCCCGAGGAAGAGGAGUGUGUGGAUGCCGGACCUGAUAAGCUGGUGUCGCCCAAUGUACAGUCUGUGUACAAUCUGCCCACGUUCGUCAGGCAGAAUGAGAAGGUCCCCCUGGAAGUGCUGGAAGCCCUGCGCGCCAACAAACGCAUGUACAACGUGAUCGUGGAGAACUACCCGAGUCUUCUGUCGUGCCGCAGCAUGAGCGACAACAAGCUCAACAAAAUGGCCGUCGAACCUGUGCGUGCCCCCGUCACUAUGCGCAUCUCGUCUGCGCAGAACAAGGUGAAGCCGGUCAUGGAACCCCAUAUGGAGCCGCUGUUGCCACCUGUCGUUGUGCCCGAACCCAAGAUGAAGUCUGUGUCGCCGCCCAAGGACUAUGUCUUCAAGAAGAAACAGUCCAUCAUGGAUAACCAUCACUACUUGAAGAAUAUUAGGAUACAUAG